GAGCGGGCGUACCGAGGAUGGGGACUAUGGUUGCAUCGGUGUUGUUGGAGUCAUGUCCACUCAUACUCGGUGCAUGUGAGCAAGGCCGGGGGCUACAAUAAUUCGACCUUGGGGCGUGAGAGCACUGCCGCGAGUCACCCCUCCUCAGUGAUUCAAUGUUCUCCAUCCUACUGCCAGUCUUCGUGGCCUCAUUCGCUUGCGUAGAGGCCCAACAUGGCUCUGGCGCGGAAGGCACAGAAAUGGGUCCUGUUGCCUUCCUCUGGCCCCCGGACCGCAACUGGACAGCCCAAGGAGACAACAUCGCGCCAUGUGGCAGUCCAGAUGGCCCGUCGAAUAGGACUGAAUUCCCGCUGACGCAGGGUGCGGUGGCCUUGACAAUCGCGGACGAGGCUUGGAAUGUAGCGAUACGUCUUGCGACUGGGAAUGACCCGCGAACGCAGGACGACUUCGUAGACGACCAGGUUGUAUCCAAUGUUUCUGAAGUCGAUCCUGGCCACCAGUGCUACAAGCUCCAGAAUCUAGAGGGGAUGACCGCGGGCAUGAAUGCGACGAUUCAGAUGGAGUAUUGGGGGGAGUUUGAAGGCGAGAAUGAUGGGAAGAACCAGUCGUUCUUUGCUUGCGCAGACAUUACCUUCGUAUCCGUAUCCGACUUCACUACUGCCGUUCCCUGCUUCAACGUCACUUCCGACGAGUUCGAAGCCCCAUCUCCCUCUAAUACGUCUUCUCCUACCUCAUCCUCCUCCAUUUCUCCAUCUUCAACCUCUAAUGCCUCCUCGUCCGAGUCUCAAUCCCGCGGCAGCGGUCUCUCAACGGGUGCAAAAGCCGGCAUAGCAGUCGGCUCGAUCAUCGGCGGGCUGGCGCUGAUCGGGGUUGUGGCGGUGUUGAUGCUAAGGCGGGGCAAGGCGCAAGGGCUUAAGGGGAAGGAGGAGUAUGAGUUAAGAGCGAAGAGUUUGGGGGAGCCGAGGCCUGGGGGAGAUCAGAGAGGGUAACUGAUUUAGUUGGUAGGCAGAUCGAAUAUUGCUUUGCAUUAGAUAGAGCAGUCCACGAUUGGUUUAGGUAGAAGCUUGUGAGAUGGUUCUCCGUUAAAGCACCUCGACUUC